AUCAGUAUCAUAAUACCCGAGAUAGUGCUUUCCAAUUGUAUAAACAACAUCAAAAUUUGAAAGCAGAAAGGACACAACAAAGAGUUCAAUCCGUCUCAAACAAACAAUAAUGUAAACUGCCCCCCUUGUCGUGUUCUUGUGUUCCUAUCUGCCAUUAAUUACUAUAUCACCUUUCAUCACCACCAUUCCUUUACUUCUCUUACUUUCUAACUCUACACAAAGUAUACAAAGUUUGUUAUUUUGACUCUCUCAGUUUCUUCAUGGGGAACCCCACUCAGACCACUGUAUCCUCUGAAAUUGAAGUUGAUGGUGAUUUUAAAGUUCAUGUGUUCUCUUCAUCAUCUGAGUUACUAGAAAAGCUUCAUCAAACAUGGAGUUCAGUGGAGAAACAACCAUAUCCAGCUAUGUAUUCUAGUAUAUAUGGAGGUAUCAUACUUGAUCCAGCAAUGAUGGUAAUCCCCAUAGAUGAUCACAUGGUACAUAGAGGCCAUGGGGUGUUUGAUACUGCUAUUAUUUUUGAAGGACACCUCUAUGAGUUAGAUGUUCACCUUGAUCGUUUCUUGAGAUCAGCUUCCAAAGCAAAGAUAUCCUCGCCCUUUCCGCGAUCAACGCUUCGCAGCAUUCUAAUACAACUAACUGCAGUAUCAAAAUUGAAGAAAGGAACUCUAAGAUACUGGCUAAGUGCAGGUCCUGGUGAUUUCUUGCUGUCAUCAGCAGGAUGUCCAAAACCUGCAUUCUAUGCAGUAGUCAUUGAUCAAGAUUUCUCUCAGUGUAAAGAAGGUGUCAAAGUGAUUACUUCCAAUGUACCAAUGAAGGCACCUCUAUUUGCUACAAUGAAAAAUGUGAACUAUCUUCCUAAUGUACUUUCAGUGUUAGAAGCUGAAGAGAAAGGUGCAUUUGGUUCUAUAUGGAUUGAUGAGGUUGGUUAUAUUGCUGAAGGACCAAAUGUGAAUGUUGCUUUCAUAACUCAAGAAAAGGAACUUGUUAUGCCAUUUUUUGAUAACAUUUUAUAUGGUUGCACUGCUAAAAGGCUUCUUGAACUUGCACCAAAGUUGGUUGAUCAAGGUGUUCUCAAAAGUGUAACAACUAAAAAUCUGACUGUGGAGGAAGCUAAAGGUGCUGCUGAAAUGAUGUAUGUGGGAAGCACACUUCCUGUCUUGCCUAUCAUCGCGUGGGAUGAUCAACCAAUUGGUGAUGGUAAGGUUGGAGAAUUAACAAUGUUACUUUCAAAUUUGCUAUGGGAUGAUAUGGUAGCUGGCCCUGACACACAGAGAAUACUUGUUCCUUAUGUUUAGUGAACCUACAAAGUCAUUUGGGAAUACAUGUUCCUUGUUGUAUUGAUUUACAAAGUGGCUUCUGUUUGUAUUUGCAUCAUGUAGUUCAAGUGGGAACAAGUCUCUGAAGAGUGAAUCAGUAGAUGUUUCUUGCUUCACAAGAUUUAUAUAGCAAAUAAAUAGUCCUUGAACUGUUUCAUGUUCUUGUAAACAAGAUUUUGCACUAUAUAAUGCAAACUCAUAUUUCCA